AUGGUUCAAGAGAAGGAUGUAUUCGAACUGAAACCAGGCGAUAUGUGUUUGGUUCGUCAGAGUGUCAGUGGCACCAAAACAGUACCGCAUCGAAACGCACUCAUCAUUGACGUUCGACGAGAACAACCACCACCGCAAGAGGGCACCACUGCGGACACUACGCAUCAUCCGAAUCCGCACCACCACCAUCAUCAGCCACAACAACAAAGUGCGCAACAAUCGCCCGUUGAAUAUUAUGUUCACUAUGAGGGAUCCGACCGGCGUAUGGACGAAUGGGUGGAUGCGUCGAGAGUACGUUUCGCCUCAUUCGCGCAGCAUAAGAAUACGGAAAGAGAGGAGAACAGGCGUAAGAUCACUCGUAAUCAGAAGCGACGUUACGAUGAAAUGGUGAAUGGAUGUGGCACCUCAUCCUCAUCGUCCUACGGGAUCGCCGCAAAUAUUGAUGCGCUAACAGCUGCACUUGAAAAGGAACAUGAAGAGGUGACCAAAGUGAAGCAUAUUGAACGCAUCAGAUACGGGAAAUAUGAGAUCGAUACGUGGUAUUUCUCACCGUAUCCGGAUGAGUACGGUAAAUCGAGGAUGUUGUUCAUUUGUGACUAUUGCAUGAAGUAUAUGAAACACGAACGCACCUAUCGAACACAUUUGCACGAAUGCAAACGACGUAAACCACCUGGCGAGGAGAUAUAUCGCGAUAAAACAUUGGCAGUUUUUGAAGUGAACGGACGAGAGAACAAGGUGUAUUGUCAAUGCCUUUGCCUACUGGCGAAACUUUUUCUCGAUCAUAAAACACUGUAUUUCGACGUGGAACCGUUUCUGUUCUAUAUCCUUUGCGAGUUGGUUGAUAACGGUGCGCAUUUGGUGGGGUUCUUCUCGAAAGAGCGUUCGUCACCCGAUGGAAAUAAUUUGGCGUGUAUCUGCAUUCUGCCGCCAUUCCAGCAACGGGGUUAUGGGAAAUUUCUGAUACAACUGAGUUAUGAACUGUCGAAGCGUGAAGGUCUGAUUGGCUCGCCGGAGAAACCGUUAAGCGAUUUGGGUAUACUCGGUUACCGCUCGUACUGGUCAUGGGUGGUUUUUGAUGCGCUUGACCGAGGAAAUAAAGUUACCAUUUCCGAUUUGAGUCGUACGACGGGCAUUCAUUCGGACGAUAUCAUUGACACGUUGAAUGCGCUCGGUUUAACACGUAACUGGUGUGGUCAACAAACGAUGUAUAUCACGCGUAAACUCGUUGAUUUUCGUAAACGAAAUGGCCUCAUCAAAAAGCCGAAACUUCUGCUGAAGCCGCGAUUGUUACGAUGGCACCCACCACGUCAUGAAACACCGGAUAUUUGA